CACACCGCGCACUGGUUAAGUACAGAGCGCGCGGCGCAGCGCGAGAGGAGGACACCGUGCGCGCUUCUGUUCGUGUUGAGUGGACUUUCAACUGCUGGAAAGAACAACCCUUCAUUGUAUUUUUUGUAUUGUUUUUUUUUUUUUUCUUUUCUUUAACCACAGCUCUGUUUCACGCAACUCAGUAGACCUUGACACUGCGGGAUCGUCAGCAUCAUCACCACCAUCAUCAUCGUCGUCGUCGUCGUCGCCGUCAUCCCGGGACCCGAGGUGAGACGAGCUCUCCGUGCGCAAACGGAAUAAAUCGCUUGCGCCCCGCGUGCGUAACCGGGGACCGAGGGACCGGAGGGAAGUUUGCGCGGCGCGUCAGCCUCUUCUCAAAGAGGGAGCCCGGUGGAAGUGGUGGCUCCUCUUCAAUGCGUCGCCUCCCCGCAUCCACUGAUGGACUGAGUGCGGUGGAAUUUGGAAUUGCCUUCCUCUUUUUUCCCCGUCAGUUCCAGUCGAUAUCUCGGCCCGAAAUGCUGCCCUGUAUCACUUUCAUCGCCUUGUUUGUCACUGCGGUCCAAUCCCAAGAUAUCCAUCCCUCACAGGCAUCAUCCGGUAUUAGUGAGUCUUGUGACUCCUUGUGCUCCUGCGAGGGGAAAGAUGGCAUCCUUCAUCUUAACUGCGAGCAGAGGAACAUCAGCAAAAUCUCCCAAAUCAAAGUCCCGUCAGGUGUGCCCUUCCACCUGAACCUUUACAAAAAUGACUUGGUUGAGCUCCGCGCGGAGGAAAUGGAAGGGCUUAACAAUGCCCUGUCGCUGCACAUUGGGGGUAAUAGCAUACAAGAGCUGGAACCAGGGGUCUUUAGCACUCUGAGUUCACUGAAAAAACUCCACAUAAAUAGCAAUUUCCUCGUCACCCUGAAAGAGGACACGUUCCAAGGCCUGGUGAAUUUGGAGUUCCUCCAGGCUGACACGAAUUUCAUUCGGGUCAUCGAGCCGGGGGCGUUCAACAAACUGAUCCGCCUCAAGGUGCUCAUCCUGAAUGAUAAUUCCGUGGAGUUUUUGCCCAGCAACAUUUUCCGAUUCGUGCCCCUCACGCACCUGGACUUGCGCGGUAACAAGCUCCAGACGCUGCCUUACGUGGGGUUCUUGGAGCACAUCGGGAGGAUAAUGGAACUCCUCCUGGAGGACAAUGACUGGGUGUGUGACUGUGACAUUUUACACUUGAAAAUCUGGAUGGAGAACAUGAGGUCACAGUCGGCAAUUGGCGAUGUGGUCUGUAUCACGCCACAUCACCUGAAGGGAACCAUUCUGGCUAAAGUGAAGCGGGACGUUCUGUGCCCGUCCCACGCCGACAUUAACCUGGAGGAGCCGUCAAAGUCGCUGGAUAUGGUCGUUACUCCCUCGUCCAAAGUGUCUCAGAUUCCCAAGUUGGUCAACGCCAAAGAUGACGCCAGGGCCCCGACACCCUCUCACUUUCCGGGCAGCCCCUGUGUGGAACACUGUUCCUGUCACAAUCACCCCGUGGCGGGCUUUUUGAUGCAUUGUCAGGACAGAGGGAUUCAAAAGGUAUCGGAUAUCGGAAUACUUCAGCAAAGCCCCACCAAGCUGGUCAUGACGGGAAACAUGAUUCAGAAACUCUUGAAAUACGAUUUUGUCACGUACGACAGUCUAGAAUUGCUCAACCUGGCGAACAACCGAAUUGAUUACGUGGAUAAUGAAACUUUCCUCAGCCUGAGCAGUUUGAAGAAACUCUAUCUGAAUGGCAACAGGAUUGAAAAGCUGUUCUCCACCAUGUUUGUGGGGCUCCACAACCUUGAGUACCUGUAUGUGGAAUACAACCUUAUCAAAGAGAUUGCUCCAGGCACAUUUAAUCCCCUGCCCAACCUGAAGCUGUUGUCAUUAAAUAACAACCUGCUCAGCUCUCUCCCGGCGCAGAUAUUUCGGAAUGUGCCCCUCACCAAAUUAAACCUCAGAAAAAACCUACUCAUGCACCUGCCAGUGAGCAACGUGCUUGAUCAACUCGACGCGCUCGAGCAGAUUUAUCUAGAGGACAACCCCUGGGACUGCAGCUGUGACUUGCUCAGCCUCAAACAAUGGGUGGAGAAACUCCGAAAGGACACAGUGGUGGGCUCCAUUUUGUGUCACACCCCGAAGAAUGCGAUGCAGGCUGAGCUCAGGAGCCUGCGUCAUGAGAUGCUGUGUCCCGGUUUAGGUACAUACUACCCAGAUGAGGAGGAGAGUGUGACAGCUACUCUGGGGCCUGACAGCGGCGGCAAGGGUCUGUUCAGCCCUCUCAUAGACACUGUCCCGCUCUCUGUGCUCAUCUUGAGCCUCCUCGUCCUUGUCCUCAUGAUCAUAUUCUGCUCGGCCGGGCUGGUGGUGUUCGUGGUGCACCGGCGGCGGAGGAGGGCGAAGAGAAAAGCGGCAGAGGAGCCCAGGGAAAACGCCAACAGCAGUCCCAUCCACUUACACUACAGCAUGUACGGGCAGAAGACCACACACCACACUCUGACCCAAAGAACGGGGUCUGCAACCCUGUACGAAGAGCGAUCGCACAGUCCCAUUGUGCAGAUCUGCCGCAACCCCACCUACUGCUCCCAGCACAAGGAGCACGACGCCGAUUUGGAUUACAGCCUGGACGAGCCCAGCGGCAAGCACCAUGUCUGCCGGAGCAUCAUGGAGAAGGAGAACACCUCUCCCCUCAGGGGGAACCCCGGCUCAAAGUUCAGACCCAUGUCCGGCGAGUGUCCCGCGGAGUUCGUGACUCUGGGGAAUCCCAACUCCUUGUACAGGAACAUUAUGGAGAGGGAGAAGGAGCUGCAGCAGCUGGGAAUAACGGAGUACCUCCGCAAAAACAUGCCCCAGCUCCAGUCGGCUGUAGACAUGCACGUCCCGGGGCACCAGGAGGAGCUAAAGCUAAUGGAGACCAUUAUGUACUCGAGACCACGCAAGGUCAUGCUGGAGCAAACUAAAAAUGAGUACUUUGAACUGAAGGCCAACCUGCAUACUGAGCCAGACUACUUGGAGGUUCUGGAGCAUCAAACUGCAUUUAACUGAGCUUAAAAACUAUAUACAAGUAUAUAGUAUAUUAUGUUUCGAACCAAGUGCCUUGUCCUGUUCGCCCUGCUGUACGUUCCACGGUGUGAAAUAUGUAUCACGGGCACAUCACUUUAAGUUUAACUGUAGCACAGAAUGUAACUGGUUCAUUUGUUUCUGUCGACAGCCAUUGUUAUGUAGCUGGUGUCAUAGUUUUGUUUGCCAAAUAUAGGUAACUCGAAGACGCCAUCGCCGUCUGUCCUCUUCGAAAAUAUCCACUCAAUCAGCUUUUUUAUGAUCGAUUAAAUCAUCCGGACGCGUGCGCGCACACACACACACACACACACACACACUACAUCUGAGGAUAAAGCAGAUGUUUGGAAAGAAGUGAGUGAAUUUCAAUCACGACUUGACCCAGAAUUGCUGUUUAAUCAGUCUAUCCUGGCUGGCUACGACCUGAUUAGACCCUCUGUCAACAUGAGCCAGAUGGAAAGCUGUAACCUGCUCAUUGUGCCGCGCAGAGUCGGCGAAAUUGCCAACUGUACAUUGGGGAAACGGCGAUGUGUGACGAGCCACUGCUGUCCUCCCGUCAGUUCUCUUGAUCAGCCGCAGUCACGGGAUGUCUAUUUAUUUUCAUACAAGCUGGCGAUGUUCACAGAAAGGACGCUUUGUUUUCUCUCCGUCGGUAGAUAGAGCACUUAAAGUACAGUAUAUGAUACACAACUGUAAUCUUGUACAAAUGCAUUGCACUAAUCAAAUGCCAUAAGAUGGUGCAUGACAAUCAACAGAGUCCUGCUGAAACUUUUGUAGUCUUUUUUUUUGUUUGUUGUUGUUGUUGUUGUUGUUUAUUUCUGCCAGAAGAAAAAAAGAAGAGCUACAAAUGUGUAUUAUGAUUUUUUUUUUUCUCAGUGUGUGCUUGUGUCUGUGUGAGAGAGCGAUGUCGCUACUUUACGUCUGACUAUACUCGACAGAUCUGGGACUGUUUUGGACUGAUCGGCGGGCGGCCAUGUUAAUCUAUUAGCACAUGAAUGGUCACUGACGAGCAACGUCGCUACGCCGCGACCCGGCCCGCCGUCCUCGGCCAACUCUUCCCACCCAGCCCGUGUGCGAAAAAGCAGUCGGGAUGUGCCGACAUUUUUUGCAGUGUUGGACGUCGUCGCCGUUCAGGAUUUCUACCGCACACUCCCGUUCAUACUCACGGAAAAGUCUCUCGACUUUGAAACGGUUCAUGUAAGCACACCCUCUGUAGCUUUUCUACGUACCUAGAAUGAAUUAUUUAUUCUGUAUAUUUUGUAUAUACCUAUGUUCCAUUAUAAUAUAUCCUUGUUUUUUUUUUUGUGUGCCUUCAGUGCUGUACAGAAUAUAAACAGAAGAUGUAACUGAUAAACAGGAAAUAAAGAAAUGCAACGUUA